CCUGUAGCCUUUUUGAAGGGGUCCGCGGCUGAAGUGUGGAGGAAGUGGGGAUUAUUAAGGAGGAAAAAAGAAAAGCGGUAGUGGGGAGUCUGUGUGACUGGGCAGUAUAAAGGCCAGUUGGUGUAAGGUCAGGGAAUGCUUGAUAGACACUUAAUAUUUGGUCAGGGCUUUACUGCGUUGCUUCAGGAGUUAAAAAGUUUCUGUACAAGUGUCUGUGGCAGAUUGUCAGUCACAGAAGAGCACCAGCAUCUGCAGCACCACCAGCGAUGCACAAAUCAUUUCCUGCUUCGGGACCCACCUGUUAAGCUGAAUUCUGUUUUCUAAACCCUCGAUGCUGCUGGACCUGUAUGGUUGUAGUUCAGCUUGUCCCUGAAGAGAGGGAAGGAAGUAUUGACUAAAGCUGACAGAAAAAGAAAGCAGGCGUGAGAAAAGAACAUCUCUACUUGCUGAAGGAGAGGUGACAAUAAUAAAUAAUAUUAAAUGACUACAAAGGCCUGGAACUUGGAACUUCACUCUGCUCUGAAAUUCAUCUUAAGGAAGGUUAUCUAGAGGGAAGAUCCUGAGAGAGUUUGCAAUGGCAAUGCUAUGGAAAUUCAUGAGAGUAGCUAAGUAUUCUAAAACAGCUUUAUCACAGGAAGUAAAGGUAAGACGAACUCUCACCCAUUCAAGGCAUUCUUCAUCCAGAUCUGUACCUUCUGAUUUUGCUGCCAACGUACCAUCCUCAAAAACUGUGGAACUGCUUGGUAAAGCUUAUCCUCGAGAUGACUACAGUAAUGUCACAAAGAAGAUUCUCUCCAAGGUGGGGAAGAACUUGCACAACAAAAAGCAUCAUCCUUUGUGGCUAAUUAAGGAGCAGGUGAAGGACCACUUUUAUAAGCAAUACAUAGGACGUUUUGGAACUCCACUGUUCUCUGUCUAUGAUGGUCUUUCUCCAGUGGUUACAGUACAGCAGAAUUUUGAUAGCUUGCUUAUCCCACAAGACCAUGCCAGCAGAAAGAAAGAAGAUAACUAUUACUUGAAUCGUGAUCACAUGCUAAGAGCACACACAUCAGCUCAUCAGUGGGACUUGAUACACUCAGGUUUAGAUGCCUUUCUGGCUGUGGGAGAUGUCUACCGCCGUGAUACAAUUGACAGCACUCACUACCCAGUCUUUCAUCAGAUGGAAGGAGUUCGACUCUUCUCCUGUCAUGAGUUGUUCUGCAGUGUUAAAGAUGGUGAAGAUUUCCAGUUGUUUGAGCAAGGUCAUCGCACUGCGCACAAGCAAGAAUCUCAUACCAUGGAGGCAGUGAGGCUGGUGGAGUUCAAUCUGAAGCAAGUGCUCAUGAAGCUCAUGACUCACAUCUUUGGUGACGGACUGCAAGUCAGAUGGGUGGACUGCUACUUCCCGUUUACUCAUCCUUCCUUUGAGAUGGAGAUCAACUUCCAAGGAGAAUGGCUGGAGGUCCUGGGCUGUGGGGUCAUGGAGCAACAGCUAGUUAACUCAGCUGGUGCUCAGGAUAAAAUUGGCUGGGCAUUUGGCUUGGGUUUGGAGAGGCUGGCCAUGAUCCUGUACGACAUCCCUGACAUCCGACUGUUCUGGAGUGAAGAUGAACGCUUCUUGAAGCAGUUUAUUGUGCCUCAUAUUUGCCAAAAAAUAAAAUUCCAGCCACUCAGCAAAUAUCCACCUUUAAUCAAUGAUAUCUCGUUUUGGCUGCCUACAAAGACAUACUCUAAAAAUGAUUUCUAUGAUUUGGCCCGAACCAUCGGUGGAGACUUGAUAGAAAGGGUUGUCCUACUGGAUGAAUUUACCCAUCCAAAGACAAAGAAGGUCAGCCAUUGCUACCGUAUCAUCUACCGUCACCCAGAAAGGACUUUAACUCAGGAUGAGGUGCAUGACAUCCAUCAAGCUAUUGAAGAAUCAGCUGUUCGAGAACUUGGGGUUGAGGGCAGAUUCUCACAUCCAUGAUCUGAAGCCCUAGUUACAUUUCUAUUUCUGUUUUUUUUUUGUUGUUGUUUUUAUUUUGGGUGGAUGAGGUGACAAGAAAAGAGAGGAGUUUUGUGACUGAGCCUAGCAUGUGGAAACUGAUUGAGAAAUGGGCAAUGGUAGAACUUCCAGAUAAUAAACUUUACUACUGAGAAAUCA